GACAUCGUCACUAGAGGUAUUUGGGCACCAGUUUGGCCUAGACGAGGCAUGUCCAAUGAUUGUUGUUUACUGCGUAUUCCCUACGCAGAUCCAAAGCCACACGAUUUCCAUGGAACUUGGGGGUACGAGGCCUCUUGACCGAGACCAACGUGGAAAAAUGGAAAGGCAAGGCACGAAUGCGCCGAGCCGUAGCACAACGGGGAAACAACACCCAACCCUCUUCCUUAGCGAGACCAAGCCAACACCGGCCAUCCAAUCGUUCAGUUACAUACAUCUACGUUCUACAUCAAGUACACUAGGACUGCAGCUCAGCUUUCGCAAGGCACAUCACAGACAUAUCAACGUCACAGCCCGAAGCAGAUGGUAGGUAUAUAAGCAUCGCGAGUUCCUACGUGUAGUGCUUUUAACGUUGCCCGACGUCAACUGCCACUGUCACUCUCCCCGAACCUCCGAAGAAACACCUGACAGCGUAACAUGCCACUGUAGCAUCCGGGAACAAGCAGCCAACAACCCUGCUGCAACCACAGAAGAACCCCCCAACCUGGCCACAUCCAACAUUCAUCUCGCUGUAUCUGAAGCAGAUGGAUCAACAUCAACAACCAACUCCCCCUCGUUACGAUCAAUACGUCGAUCCCCUUCCCCCCACCGACGCUUGGGCUUGUUUUUUGUCCGCGAGAUAUUCACAGAGAAAAGCCUUGUACCAAGGUUUGACGGCAACAGAGAAGGAGCUGGUCCGGAAAGAACUCCGUCGUGUUCGCUACUUGAGGGAAUACUUCGAGACCCAACGCCUGUCCCCCAAGCCCAACAGCGCUCCCUUGGUUGUCUUGCUCGAUGAUUCACGAAGGCGUUGGAAGGAACAAGCAAUAAAAAAUUCCAAGGCAGCACUAGCGGAAUUGGCACAGCCAAAUUGCUAUCAUAAGCCUCUUCUCCAGCGAAACCGUUCUCUUUUGCUUCAGGUUCAGCAAUGGUCAACGCAGCCGGCCGAGAACCAGCAAAGGGAAGAAGAGCUGGACCCGGAAAAUUACAUCGAUGGACUGGGUGCACCCGACGAUAGCAUCGACGACAAUCCGAGCGAUCCCAACUAUGGCUACAAUGGUUGGGUGAUUGUGUACGAAAAGGGACAAGGCGGAAUGACCCUCGACCAUCCUCUCUGUCAUGGCCAGUACCCCCAUCAGAAGAUCUCGGUUCAGAAGCUGCUUUAUGACAUAGCCAAUACACCACUCAAGCGCUCGGAGGACAAGAACCAGUUACGCUACUUUCAUCUCCAGGCGAACAACAUGAAGUGGGUGGAAGAUGCCAUUGCAAGAUACUACGGUGAAGCCUCGGGAUUAGACCGUCAACGCAGCACAAUCACACGUGAAAGGGGGAUGUCCAAGCCCACAAAUCGUUUGUCAAACACCGAGAAGUUAUUGAAGCGCGAACUUUGGCAUGGACAGGAACGCGGCGGUAUCGGUACACAUCUUCCACCUCAUGCCCGCCAAAUACGACCUCGUUGCGCUGUUGUCCCAUCCGCGCCAUGCGCCCCACGGACACAUUCAACGUUGGGUUCGCCGACGAGUGCUACCACUAACACAAACGACGUGGUGCUCUUUAUGCCAUACCUACACUGGGAAAUCGAGAAACGACUCACGAGAAUGACGAAUGUCAUACGCAAGACACGUCAGCAGAAGGAGGAAACUUUUUACAUGGAGCGUCUAAACAAGCGUCGAGGAACCUGGGAUAGUGUCGUUGAUAAGGUCAUGACGGCACGUGUCCUUAGACAGGACAGCAUACCCGACGACACAUUUAUCAGCGACAAAUCCAUGGAUGAUGCUCCUUCUUGGCGUCCCAGUAGCCGACUAGGCACUUAUUUAUGGCAUGCAGCGAAGCUCUUUCAACUGAUCGACGAGGCUGCCGACUGGCGGCUGAUCAAUGAUCAUCUUUAUGGCGAGUCCUCCCUGCAUCCGAGACGCACGCUCGAACAAUACAGCAGCUGGACUGCAGAUGAUACAACCAAGCGAGACCGACAACAGGUGGUUUAUCGUGGGACCUGGAUGAAGAACGAUUUGGAGUCAAUUCCCAGGGUGGUAAUGGUUGACCAACUGUGGAUGUGGAUCCUGGAUGAAAAUACCAUAAUCACCGCAUUUCCUCGGAGAUGGGGCCGUAACAAACCUGAUCCCUCUGCAGUCCAUCGAGCAGUCCGGGACUACAUGGCAUCUGUCGAUAAAGGCCAGAUCAAUUCGAUUUACGAUCUUGCUCUCAUCAUCGUUGAUGAAUGUUCCAAAGUCAUCUUCGACAGGACCAAGCCUGAUCUUCGGCCAGAGGUAGUGGACAUAUUCGGUUCCGCCAUAUCCAAGAUUGCGGAAAAGAAGACGGAGUCAUACGAGCGGUUCGGCCGUGACGUCAAGAGGAUGAACACUCAGGAUCCGCUCGAAACCUCCGAGGAGCUGCUUCGCAAGUCCCUCAACAUCAAGUACGAAUGGUCCGUCCUAAUGGAAGCCCAGAGUGUCAUCGACCAGCUACAAAUUAUGCAAGAGAUAUUCACACAGCAGAUUACCAUCAUGACGGACUUUGAGAAGGUACUACGUGGCUUGGGUUCUGGGGUUCCGUCUUCUCAGUUGGACGGUCUGACCUCUACUCUUGAGCGUGCCAGCUCUCUGCUAACUGACAUGAAAUCGAAUCGUGAUGAACUCGCUGACCUUGAGAAGAGGCAAGCUAAGACACGGACCCAGAUCCGGGAAUUGCUUGACAUGAAACAACAGCAGUCGGGAAUCAUCGAAGCCAAAGCGGGUAUUCGACGAGCAGACGAGAGCGUCCUUCAAGGGAGGUCAAUAGUAGUCUUCACUGUUGUGACCAUCUUCUUUCUACCAUUAUCAUUCUUCGCCACCAUGUUCGGUAUGAACGCACGGGAACUAAACGAUGGACAUAUGGGAAUCGGCACCCAGCUGCUGCUAAUGCUCUUUCCCUCACUUGGCAUUACAAUUCUAUCACUCGCGCUUGCUUUCAGUACUCGGGCUCGAAGCCUCAUCUUCGGCGGCUGGCGGUCAUUUGUGGGUGGACUACGGAAGCCAGUGGCAUCUACUCAUCAGUUGAAGGAAGCGUCGGCCCACACGAUACGAAACUUUAUGUUGGAGAAACUCAGGGAACGGGAUGUGCAAUAUGGUGAGAGUCUGCAGGAGCUACCGAUCCACGAGCAUCGGGAAGCACCAACCGAAAAGAGGCCGGGAACUUGGGCAUCUGGGAAGUUUAGCAGUGGUAGCUUGUCACAUCUGUGGACUCGGAGGCGAUCGCAGUAACAACUUGAUUCAAUGGUAUCGAUAUGAGUAGUCAUAAUAUGCAUGCAUUAACUCAAGAAGUGUUUCCGUUCGGGGCAUUGCUGCCGGUGCCGUCUAUCACCAUUCGCAUCACUUAGGGUAUCCAGCCGUCCAACAUUGUCCCCAAAAUCACCAUGAUUCUCCCCCAACAAAGCAGGCAAACGCAGUCAUGCCCAUAAACUCCAAAGAAAACCACAACCAACCUCCCUUAUCACCCAACAAUGCCGCUCACAAUCUCCAACAACUUCCCAGCAACCUCUUCGUGUGCGGUAAUCACUCCCCAAUUCCCAUCCAGCUUCCUUCCCCGUCCAUAAUCAAUCGGCCUCCCCCACAGAUCCGUCACCUUCCCUUUCCCCGCCGUCGCCUCGACGUAAAUCAGCUGUGCGCCCGCGUGGUCCCAAAUAUAGGUGGCCUUGGUCCUCGGCUUGGGUAUGCGGACCUGCACGUGCGAUGGCCCGCCAAGGAUCAUGGCUACGUAUCGCAUGUGUGACGAGUACAGCUCGGUGCCGGGGAAUGAGUAAUUGGGUACGCCGGCCAAGGUGGCGACGCGGGCGACGAGGGAGGAAGAGGUUGCGGGGGUGGAGAGGGAGUCGAUGAAGUGGAGGUUGGACAUGUCUGGUGGGUUGGUUUGGGGGUUUUCAGUGAUGGAGGAGGACUUGGUGAGGGAAAUCGCGGGGAGAAGAUCCGUUUGGGAAGUCUGGUCGGCGAUGGGCCGGAUGGUAGCGCCUUGGGAGCGCACGGCACUGAGGAGGAUGCCGUUUGUUGUUUGUUGUUGAUCCUGAUCUUGAGUGUCAGGGGAUGGGGAUGGGGUGCUAUCCUCGGAGAUUAUGUACGUAGCUGUGCAAGCGGAAGAGGAAGAAGAAGAUGGAGAGGAAGAGGGGAGAGUGAUGCCUAGGUUGGGGCAGCCCAGAACGCCAACCACCUCCCUCCCGCCCUCAAUCAAACACAGGCUCACAGCAUACUGCUGCCCGCGCAUGAACGCCGCCGUGCCGUCGAUGGGAUCCAUAGCCCAGAAGCGGGCGGUGGGUGAGCCGGUGCCACGUCCACCUAGGUCGAUGAGGGACAGCAUCUCGGGAAUGGUUUGCGGCAGUGCUGAUGAGAGCGCUUCAUCGCCUGACUCGGUGGAGGCGCAAGACCGAACCAAAUCGAAUACCUGCCUAGCCAGCACCGGAUCCCCGCGCAAAGCAUCGGCGUCCUCUUCGCCAAUGAACCCGUCGGUCGGAAAGUGCGCGCGGAUGGCGGCGGUGAGGAGCGCUUGCACGGCGAAGUCGGCGGCGGUCACGGGGGAGAAGUCGGGCUUGGAGAUGGAAGCGACGCUGACGCGGCGGUCGGGGUGGUCGUCAUGAUCAAGUUGUGGUGUCGAGGUACCGGAAGUGGAGGUUGAAGAUGUAGAAGUGGAAGAAGGGUUGAGGAUGCCGGCGAGGACGCGGCGCGUGAGGAGGGAGGCGCGUUGCACGGCUAGUUCGGCAAUGUGGCGCUCAUGCUGGUAUGAUGGUUUGGAAGGGUUGGGGGUGGUGACUGUCAUCU